UAUUUUUCUCUCGCAAUACCUUUUUUUGCUACAAAUGGACGGGCUGGUGCGUGAUUGCGACAAGCUGGCCAAGCACCAGACGGUGCUGAACAACAAGACGCUGCAUGCGAUCGACGGACUGAUAAAGGCGAUGGAGGAGGUGCGGCAGACGGAGGAGUCGGAGCGGCAGAAGCAGCUGGUGAAGCUGAAGAGCCAGGUGGACAAGGCGCAGGGGCAGGUCAACGAGCAGCUGAAGGAUCUGUACACAACAGUAUCCAAGUACGGCAAGCACGUGGAAAAGGCGUUCAAGCUGGACCUGACGGUGGUGAGCGCAUCACCGGCAUUCGCCGACAAGCAGUCGGUGCAUUUCCUGCGCGAGGGCGACUUCUCGGCAGCCAGCGCAUUUGCCUCUGAGGCGCAGCUGGACCUGCCAGCGCACACGCAGCAGCAGUUUUCGGAAAUGUACGCGACAGUGGCGGCGAUGCGCACAGACCCGCACGACCUGACCAAAGCGCUGCAGUGGGCCGAUGCGGCACGCGGAUGCAGAGCUGGCCUGAUCGAGAUGGGCCAGACGACCGAGGCACUGGCGUAUGCGCGCACAUGGUUCCAGCGGUUCGCCAGCGCCGAGCACAUGGCGGAGAUCCAGCACCUGAUGGGCAUAUUCAUCUACGCACGCGACCUCCGGGCGUCGCCGUAUGCGGACAUGUUCGACAGCCGGCGGUGGGAGGACGGGGCAAGGCUGUUUGCGCGGGCGUUCUGCGCGCACCUGGGGCUGGCGGCGGAGUCGCCGCUGGGCGUGGCAGCGGGGGCGGGCGCCAGGGCCCUGCCGGUGAAGCGCGUGGAGUGGUCGGCGCAGGACGAGCUGGCGGUGGAGGUGCCGCUGCCCGAGAACAUGCGGUUCCACUCGGUCUUUGCCUGCCCCGUAUCCAAGGAGCAGGCCAGCUCGGCCAACCCGCCGAUGAUGAUGCCGUGCGGCCACGUGGUGUGCCGGGCGUCGCUGGAGCGCCUGGCGCGCGGCGUGCGGCCCGGAGCAGUCGCAUCGGGCAGAUUCAAGUGCCCGUACUGCCCGUCCAUGUCGACGCUGGGCGACGCCAAGCGAGUGUACUUUUGACGGUUAACGAUCCCUCCCCUGUGGGCGGCCUAAUACAUGGGUUAUCUGCUUUUAAUUUUUGGUUACUGGGCAAAAAACUGGACUACUGUGCUGCG